AUGAAUCGUGUGAUCAAACUUAACACGGGUUUUGACAUUCCCCUUCUCGGCUUUGGAACCUAUCAGAUCCAUGGUCAGGAGCUCAUUUACGAAACUUUGGAUUACGCUCUGAAGGCCGGCUAUAGGCACAUCGAUACUGCUAUCGUGUACCGCAACGAAGAGUUUAUCGGAAGCGCACUAAAAACUUUGCUGCCAAAGUACAAUCUGAAGCGGGAAGACAUUUUUAUUACUUCGAAGUUGAUUUCGCCGAAGGAUAAAGACCAGGAAUUCAUUGAGAAGAUGGUGCGUCAAUCUUUGGCUAAACUGCAAACCGAUUUCCUUGACCUGUACCUGAUCCACUGGCCUGGUGUUAGUGGCCUCCCGGUUGAUCAUCCGGAUAAUGAGAAGCAGCGGAAGGUGACCUGGGAUGCCCUGUGUCAGUUGAAGAAAGAAGGGCGCCUUCGGUCGAUCGGUGUGUCGAAUUACACGAUCAAACAUUUGACCGAAAUGCUGACUGAUCGCAUUGUUGUUACACCAGCGGUUAAUCAGGUUGAAUGGCAUCCGUACUACUAUCAACCGGAACUGUUGGAAUUUUGUCGCCAGAAAGGUAUCUUCUUGCAAGCUUACUCUUCGCUCGGGUCAUCCACUACGAGCGAGUUGCGUUCGAACGCGACUGUAGCGGCUGUGGCCGCUCGCCUAAAGAAAACGCCGGCUCAGGUGCUGCUCCGCUGGGCGGCACAGCAAAACAUUGGCAUUCUACCGAAGGCUCGAUCCCGUUCACACGUCGAGGAAAAUGCGGCACUGGAUUUCGAAAUUCCUGACGAGGAUAUGACGCUGUUGAGUAAUCUGCGCAACUCCGUCGGUCACAAGUUUGCCUGGGAUCCGGAACCGGUAGUUUAAAAGCGAAAAAUUCCUUUGAAUACCGCUGUGCCUUUCGCGGUUUUGCUUAAAGCUUUUUGGUCUGUGAAAUAAACGUUUUUGUUCUUUUUAUUUUGUGAGGCUUUCUGAA